CAUGGCAGCUCCUCCUCUGCUCCUGAGGAGCGUGCCGGCUCUCCGCCUCCGGCUCCACCUCCACCACCGCCUCUUCUCCGGAGGCUUCCGCCCGCUGUGCGCCGCGGCGGCGGCGGCGGCGGCCUCCGCCUCGACUGAGCCUGCUUCGCCGGGGGAGAAGGCGUCCCCCGAGGACAAGGCGAGCGCGGUGUUGUCGAGCGCCAAAGAGCCGCCCAAGUACCACAGGUGGGACGAUCCCGACUACCGGAAGUGGAAGGAUAAGGAGGAGGAGAUUUUGAGGGACAUCGAGCCCAUUGUCUCGCUCGCCAAGGAGAUUCUCCACUCCGACAGGUACUUGGAUGGGCAACGACUUACAGCUGAAGAUGAGAAAGCUGUUAUACGGAGGCUUCUCAUGUAUCAUCCACAUGCUGAAGACAAAAUUGGUUGUGGACUUGAUUACAUAAUGGUUCCUCGCCAAAUACGCGAUUGUUUGACCAUGAUUUAUCCAAAUCGAGCUUCCGUUCAACUCAGGUCGAGCGACAUCCCCAGUUUAGAGUUUCAAGGUGUCUGUUUGUCGUAAGAACCAAUGGUGCAUGGAUAGAUUUCUCGUACCAGAAGUGUCUUCGAGCGUAUAUCCGAUCGAAGUACCCGUCUUAUGCUGAAAGAUUCAUCCGGGAACAUUUAAAACGCGGCAGUGGUUAAUGCAUGUCGAAGACUCGUGCUUCAUACUGUAAGUUCGACAACAGUUUUGGAAUCACUAGAGGCUGUUGGCUCGUAUAAAAUAUUCCGAUUUGGCCGUGAAGCUAAAGAAAUGCUCAUGCACUUUAGAUUAUGUCAUUAGUCAAUGGAGCAGAUGAUGCUUUGACCGGCACCUCAAGUUCAACUGUUUGUUCACAUGUGGGGACAAGAACAUGAUUGAAGGUGAACUCCACUUUUUCUUUUUGGGUUGGCUUUAGGACUUGUUUUCGGUAGGAAAUUGGUAGUUAGCCUCUCUCUCUCUCUCUCUCUCUCUCUCUCUCCAACUAUCUGGAUUCUUUUGUCUGUAAAGGGACAUCAUGAGUGAACAUAGGGUCAAAUGCUGUUGACUUAUAUGAAUAGAUGAUGUAGAGCUACGUUAAUCAAUGAUAUGGUUCAAGGUUGAUGCUUGA